CACUGCGCAUGCGCCGUCAGCGCCCCUCCUUCUCCACCCCCAUCCCUGUCGGCGUCUGGGCCUCGUCCCCUUCUGUCUCCCUCUCCUCCCCCAUCACUUCCCCCGACACUGACACCCCAUUACUCCAGUCUCCCCAGUCUCAGCUUUGGUCCCCAGCCCUAUCCGUCUGAGGAUUGGCCUGAAAGCUACCCCCAACUCCAUACCCGCCCCCCCGGAGGGCCACUGAAGACCAUGACUAAGACAGAUCCCGCUCCGAUGGCCCCACCACUACGGGGGGAGGAAGAAGAAGAGGAGGAAGAGGAUGAGCUGGUCCCUGAGGCCCCCAGCCCCACCCAGGAGCGCCGGCAGAAGCCUGUUGUGCACCCCUCAGCACCUGCCCCCCUCCCCAAGGACUACGCCUUCACAUUCUUCGACCCCAAUGACCCGGCGUGCCAGGAGAUUCUUUUUGACCCGCAGACCACCAUCCCUGAGCUAUUCGCCAUUGUGCGCCAGUGGGUGCCCCAAGUCCAGCACAAGAUUGACGUCAUCGGCAAUGAGAUUCUGCGUCGAGGCUGCCAUGUGAAUGAUCGGGAUGGGCUGACCGACAUGACGCUGCUACACUAUGCGUGCAAGGCUGGAGCCCAUGGAGUCGGUAAGGUUCAAACCCCUAAACCACAGGCCCCCAAACCUAGGUCCCCAGACAUGACACCCUUAAACCGAAAGGGACAAGUGCCAGCGGAGGUGGUCCCAGACCCCAUGGACAUGUCCCUGGACAAGGCAGAGGCAGCGCUGGUGGCCAAGGAGCUGCGAACACUGCUGGAGGAGGCUGUGCCGCUGUCCUGUGCCCUCCCCAAGGUCACACUACCCAACUAUGACAACGUCCCGGGCAAUCUCAUGCUCAGCGCACUGGGGCUGCGUCUGGGAGACCGCGUGCUGCUGGAUGGCCAGAAGACGGGCACACUUCGGUUCUGCGGGACCACGGAGUUCGCCAGUGGCCAGUGGGUGGGCGUGGAGCUGGAUGAACCUGAGGGCAAGAAUGAUGGCAGUGUUGGGGGUGUCCGGUACUUCAUCUGCCCUCCCAAGCAGGGUCUCUUUGCCUCUGUGUCCAAGAUCUCCAAAGUAGUGGACGCACCCCCCUCGUCCGUCACCUCCACACCUCGGACUCCUCGGAUGGACUUUUCCCGUGUCACUGGGAAAGGCCGCAGGGAACACAAAGGCAAGAAGAAGCCCCCAUCAUCCCCGUCUCUAGGGAGCCUGCAGCAGCGAGAGGGAGCCAAGGCUGAGGUUGGAGACCGAGUCCUUGUUGCUGGCCAGAAGCAAGGGAUCGUGCGCUUCUAUGGGAAGACAGACUUUGCCCCAGGUUACUGGUAUGGCAUUGAGCUAGACCAGCCCACUGGAAAGCAUGAUGGCUCUGUCUUCGGCGUCCGGUACUUCACCUGCCCCGCGCGGCAUGGCGUCUUUGCACCAGCAUCCCGAAUUCAGAGGAUUGGUGGAUCCACUGACCCCCCUGGGGACAAUGUGGGAGCCAAAAAAGUGCAUCAAGUGACAAUGACACAGCCCAAACGCACUUUCACGACAGUCCGGACCCCAAAGGACAUCGCAUCAGAGAACUCCAUCUCCAGGUUGCUCUUCUGCUGCUGGUUUCCCUGGAUGCUGAGGGCGGAGAUGCAGUCUUAGAGGCCUGGAUGUCUGACAGAGUCACAGAGUCCCCUCUAGCAUCUCCUGACACAAGGAGUCCCCAAGUCACCCUGAGAUAGAGAUUCCCAGUAACACAUCCAGAAUAGAGACCCCAUUAGCCAGCCCUGGAUCACUGAGGCCCCAUUAUUAACGGAUUCCCUCAUGAUAACCCCCAAAUACAGACCCCAAGGUACCCAGAAAGAGAUUCCCUGAGUGUAGCACCUUCAGGCUAGUCCCUAUCCCCAACCCCUCAGAGCAGAUAUUUCCACAUCACCUCAAAUGAUGGUGACCUCUACAUAAUGCUCCAGAGCAGAACAUUCCUGAAUCACUCAUUACUGGAUCAGAACCCUCCUCCCCCAUUAACAAAGACUCCUCCUCCAUCAAGUCCCCUUGAUAUAAACCCAGGUCAUGCCUCCAGAGCAACAGAGUAACAGACCUACAUUUAACAUCAGUCUCCUCAAGAUGUUGUGACCCCCAGGGUCAUCCCAAAAGCUUAUACUGCAAUCAGAGACUCCCUACAUUAACAAAGACCCUUGUUCUUACCCCUCAAGAAGAGACCCACAUUAACCAAUCCACUGUCACCCCCAAUUUACAGACACCAAAACAGUCCUGGAAGUGCUAAUUACAGGACCCCUAAGUCUUCCUACCCUCUGCACCCUCAAGAAACCCCCAGUGCCUUGUAUGAAGCCCACCCCACACGGCCCACAGCCUCUGUGCUGGCCAGGCUCCCAGAAAAUUCUCUAUUUUUUAAGAAAUGACUUCCCCCUUCGGGGGACCCCAAAAUCUAGAGGCCCCAUUCUGGGACUCUCAGGAUCCCAAACCCCAGAGUACAUGUCCCAUACAUCCCUGUGUCCCCAAGUCCUACAACCCCUAGAGGACCCCAAGGCCCUAACUACCAGGAUCCUCAAAUCAUGAAAUUUCCAAAUCCCCAGGGAAUCCCCAAUUUAAAAAUUCAAUCCUAGCCCCCAGGAAACCCCAAUCACGGAGGUCCUUGUGCCUGGGAUGGAGGAGACUGCAGUGAGGAUAUGCAUCCCGGGCCCCCAGGGCACCUCAAGCCCUACUCAUAGGCACCAGGAGACCCCAAACAAGAAUUCUCAUCCCUGGAAACCGGAGCACUUCAAUGCCCUGAGUCGAUGGAUCUCAAGACACCCAAAUGCAAAGAGCCCCAGCCCCAAGGGAACCCCACAUUCUAAAGCCUCCAUCUCUAAUACAUGAAGGGCCCCAAGGCCUUGAGGGGAUCCAAAAUCCUGGAACCCCUAUUUCAAUCUACGUUCUGGUCACAGGUCCAAAACACCAAAUCUGAGUCACUGGCCCCAAAGGACCUCAGAGCACUCGGGCCAGACCAACAGCCUGAGGGAGAACCUGAAGGCCCAGGGGGUCCAGGGUGGACCCGGGGCCCUGACCACCGAGGACAGCUCACAACUGCCCCUUCACUGCAUGUCCCUGAACUCAGCAUGACCCCUGACCCCUUCAAUAAAGAUGUUUCUAUGGCU